AUACUUCUUACCAGCUGACUCUGACCACUUUUUCUACACUCCCUAACCUGUUCAAGCACAGCAGCAUCCCAUCUGUCCUUGUUACAUGACUUCAGCAUGGCUUGUUUGAUAUUUGUCCUGUUAGUUGUUUUCUUAAACCUCUAUCAGAGCAUGGAAAGUCAAGAUUUGGACCGGAGAAACAUUGUGCAUGAGCAGAAUGUGACAGGUGUGCUGGGGGAGGAGGUGUACUUGCACUGUCUUUACAAAGGCCCAAAUGACAUCAUCUAUUCCUCCUGGAACCGCCCUGAGACUACGAGUGUAAAGAAAAUUGCUGGCUACAAAUAUGAUGGCAAUCCAUUCAACAAAGACGGCUUCUCCACUCCAGCAUCGAAGACCAACCUCACUGUGAAGGUGGGCAUAAACAGCCUAGACAUGGAGGGAUGCUACAUGUGUUCCUUCAGUUCUGAUGAGGAAGAAAUAAAGGAGACCACGUUCCUCACUGUCAUUGCCCGGCCUGAAAUAAACACCCGUGUGGAGGAAGACGUUCUGAAUGGAACUCACUACCAAACUGUCACCUGCUCAGCCUUCAAAGCCAAGCCCAUGGCACACAUCCACUGGGAGAUCCGUGGUGCUCCUCUGAAUGAGGAUAUUUUCUCCAUGAACACCACAAACUCUAAAUAUCCAGACGGCACAUCUAAUAUUAUUAGUGUUCUGAGGUUCCCCAUCAUCCUGAACAAUGAGAGUGGGGUCUCCUGUGUCGUCCACCAUCCAGCUUUGACUGAACCCAACAUGACUGAUAUAAAUUUACAAAGGUUUGCUUCUCCCAAUGUAUCCAUGGAAAUGGUGCUGAAACAAAAGGAAGGGAAAGACUUUCUGCAGGUCAUCUGCACAGCGACAGGAGGGAGACCUCCUCCAGACAUCAGAUGGGUCCUGCCCUCAUCUGCACACAUGCUACUCUCUCAGAAACACGAGCUGGGAAUUGAAUCAAUAGCGAGUUCUCACUGGUUUCCAUCAGAUCUUUACGAGGGUGAAAAUGUCACCUGCAUUUUUGGGUACCCACUUCUUCCUGCCUUGCACACAAGAUCAGUGACUCUGCCCACAUAUCGUAUCACCUCUCUUAAGCUGAGAACCCCCAGUUCUGAGAAGGACUUGGUGGUAGUAGAAGAGGAGAGCAGAGAUGUCACAAUCAGCAUGGAAGUAGUGGGGAAUGUGCCAAACUACACAAUCAACUGUACCAAGGACGGAGAACCUAUGCCUAAAGUUGUGGAAGUGAUUGGCAGUGACAUCUUAAUUAAAGGCCCUGUUGGCUUUAACCUUUCUGGGCACUACCUGUGCCAAGCAUCCUACCACAAGCAAACCGCCAACUUGGAGCUCAACAUUGAAGUAAAGCCAAGAAUAUUAUUACCAGCAACCUUUCCACCAAACAUAAGUUUUCAUCUCUGGAAAGAAGCUGGCAACAUCUAUAUUGAGUGCGUGGCGUCCGAGUCCUCUCCCUCUGCAAAUGUGUCAUGGGUUCUUCCACAAGACCUUAAUGGGACAAUCCAGUCUAACAUUACUUCCUCCAAUGGAUCGCAUACUGUCCGAAGCAUCUUAACCCUGCCUGUCUGUGUGUCCCAAGAGCUCAAUGUCGAAUGUGUGGUCGAGCAUUUAGACUUAGAUGGCCAGGAGAAGCGAUCAGUUGUUCUCCCUACCUGUGCCGGCACCAACAUUACCCUGCAGUCUCACACUGUGUGGGAGAAUGGUGUUGCAUAUGCAGAGGUGAACUGCAGUGCAGACAAUGCACCUCCUGCUGCCUCCAUUGCCUGGGAUACAGAGGACUGCGCAAGUGGCAUCAGCGCCUCUGAGCUCGGUAGUUUUGUGAGACAGCCUGGAAGUCUGCAGGAAGAUGCCGGGGGAGUUUGGAGCACUGCACGUCUUUCUGUUCAGGCCUAUGCUGGAUGCACAGUGACCUGUGUACUGAAGCACCAGGACCUAGGGAGACCAGAGCAAAAGAGCUUUCCUAUCCCUUUAAUAGGUCGCCCUGCAAUUCAAUUGAAUGUUGGUGCAUUGAGAGACUCUGCACUCUGGGCUGCUGUGUGUGAGUACAGAGGCGAUGCGGUUGUACCCAACAUCUCCUGGGUCAUUUCCAACCACAACAACACCAUAAUAUCUGCAAACUUUCAACCUACAUAUGAGGGCAUUAAAGUCUUAGUCAAUACCACGUUUGAAUUUCAACUGCACCAGUAUGAGGGGAAGAACUUGACAUGUGUGAUCCAGCACAACUACGGGGAGGAAGAAAGAAGAACCGUACCUGUCCCAAAAUACAUUCUCUCAUCCAUCGUGGUUUUAAACAAAACCAGUCUACUGCAUGGGAACCACGGGCAGCUCACUGCAGUGAACAGAAUAGCACUGCAGGAAGCUCUUCCUCAUCAGAGGAUCGUUUUCAAAGUCAUUGGAAACACGCCGCGGUCUCUUUUUAAAUGUUUCAGAGCUGAUGGAUCAGCUGCACACACUGUUGAUUUGGCCCUGGUUUUUGCGGAGUUGGUGUCAGAGCAGGACACUGGUUUGUACACAUGCCACGCUUCAUGGUACCAUCUCAAGGCCACGGUCUUCAUUCAGGUGGACGUAACCAGCCAGGAAACUCAUACGAUGACAUUUAUCCUCAUCUGUUUCUCCUCUGCUUCUGCGAUCACCCUCUUCUUGUUCGUCACGAUGUGCGUGCUCUGCAAACGAAGUGGAGAGAGUCGCUCAUCAAACGAGGUCAGGAAGCAGCGAGAGUCCCUGGCUGGCCUCAUGCAAACCCCUUGCUCCCCAGAGCUCAAUGGAAAAGGCCCAGAGUAUGCAGAGCUGGUGCGCUACUCCAUAGUGAUUGAUGUGAAAAGCCCUGUUUGAGCCCACGGCUUCAAGAUUUCAGGAGGACAUGUCCUGUGUGAUGGUUUGAGGGGAAUUUGAGUAGCUGCAGGCCACUUUCAGGAUGCUAUAUAGGAAUGUGAGUCAGUUUGAAAAUAAAUGCAGUUUUUGUUUGAAAUUCACUGUGAGUUUAAAAAAUCAUUCUGUAAGUACUGACUGUUAUUACUGAUAAUUAUAAGUGGCUAAUUACAAGGAGGUGCUGCUGGGAGGAAAAGACCCUGAAUAUAUCCAGCGCUGUGCUACUCCAUAAUCAUCAAUGUGGCAAGCACUGUAUGAGAGCAGGACUCCAAGAUCCAUUGUCAAUAAGUGGCUCAUCAUGUUUGAAUGGGAUUUAAGUAGCAGUACGCCACUAUUGACUUGCCAUGUAGGAAUGUGAAAGCAUUACAAAUAUCCUCAACUUGAAAUUUUUUUGUUAGAAUUUCUGUUUGUUUUUAGAUACUUUCAUAUUCUUCUUAACGUUUUGAUGAACCUGCACAAAAAUGUAUUUGCUGUUAAAAGUAUUGGUCACUGGACAACUUAGGUUUUAUAGAUCUUGUGUCUUACACUUUUUUCUGUACUGUAUUAUGUGUAAAUGCAUUAACUCAUUAAAAGGCAUUAAAGAUUUC